AUGGCGAUGUUGGGGUCACCGAAUUUUCUACAGAGAGAGGACUCGAGGAGAGAGAGAGCAUUAGCGGCGAGGAUGCCAUCGGUGGCUCCGGCGGCGUCAAUGGUGAGAAUUCUGACCUUUCUGAUAUACUUCUGCUCCACAACCUUGAAAAGGAUAUGCAGACAACAUGGGAUUAAGCGUUGGCCAUCUCGAACAAUCAAGAAGGUUGGUCACUCUUUACAGAAACUCCAACUUGUAAUCGACUCAGUUGAAGGCGCAUCAGGUGCUUUCCAGAUCAACUCUUUCUAUACGAACUUCCCAGAGCUAACAUCUCCAAAUUUAUCGGGGACCAGCCCAUUUUCAAGUUCAAAGCUGAGUGAUCAACCAAAUCAGACAAACUUGUCACCCAAAGGCGGUGUUUUGAGCCCCCAAGCUACCGCAUCAAAAUCUCCCCCAUCUUCAUGCUGUCAAAGUUCCAGUUCAAGCCAAAGCUGUUCCAGCAGGACACAGCAACUUCCCUUCUCAUGUAACAUUGCUGGUAACGAUGAUCCAGUUGUUGGAGAUAACUCAAGAGAUGAUGUGCUAAAGAGGGUCAGAAGUGAGGCAGGAUUGCAUGCUUUUGGCCAAGAUCGAGCGGAGCUACUGCCAAGAUCCCAAAGCCAGAAACUUCUCUGCGAGCAACAAAAUCUGCAGUCUAUUCCGCAGUCACUGAAAAAUAAUGGCCGGGUAGCUCAAGAAGGCAAGGUUCAAAGAGUAAAAGUUGCAUAUGGGGAUGAGAAAACCCGCUUCCGCAUGCAGAGUAAUUGGAGACAUGAAGAUUUGGUGCAAGAAAUCGCAAAGCGAUUUAGCAUACAAGACAUGAGUACAUAUGAUAUAAAAUACUUGGAUGAUGACUCGGAGUGGGUCUUGUUAACAUGUGAUGAUGAUUUAGAGGAGUGUGUUGAUGUGUGCCGGUCUUCAGAGAGCCGCACAAUUAAGCUCUCUCUCCAGAUAUCUCGUCAUCACUUGAAAGGUUUGAUAGGUAGACCGUCAUGA